UCUAAGGAUUUUUUUUCUUGUUUUUUGUUUUUAUUUUUGUUUUUGUUUUAAAUAUAUUAAGUUGGGAAAUAGAGGAUUAGAGGGUUAAGUUUUUUUAGGCGAAACAGGGCUUUCAAGUUCAAGUUCUCACUGCACAGAAAUUAUUGUCCACCGGUUUCUCUAGGGUUAGAGCUCAGAGCUCAACGACAGCAAUGGAGGGAUGGGAUCCGACCACCAAGUCAACAUUGACACAAAUUCCUCUCCUAACAGUUAAAGCCGGUCCUCGCGAUGGCGCCACUUGGACUCAGCGUCUGAAGGAGGAGUACAAAGCCUUGAUCGCCUAUACUUCAAUGAACAAAUCCAGAGACAACGAUUGGUUUCGUAUCUCCGCUGCUAAUCCCGAAGGAACACGAUGGACAGGAAAGUGUUGGUAUGUGCAUAAUUUGCUCAAAUAUGAAUUUGAUCUCCAAUUUGAUAUUCCGGUGACCUACCCUGCCACAGCUCCUGAACUUGAGCUUCCCCAACUCGAUGGAAAGACUCACAAGAUGUAUAGAGGUGGGAAGAUUUGCUUGACGGUGCAUUUCAAGCCACUCUGGGCUAAAAACUCGCCUAGAUUUGGUAUAGCACAUGCGCUUUGUUUGGGGCUUGCACCGUGGCUUGCAGCGGAAAUACCAGUUCUUGUGGAUUCUGGCAUGAUCAAGCAUAAAGAUGAUGCUGUCUCCACCAGUGAGGCAUAAUAGUUUCUUGUUACUAUCUUAUCGCUUAACAAUACAAUAUCCAGUAUUACUAUAUAACAUUACAAUUUCCCUUUUGAACUUGAGUUGUGCUUUGGCUGAAUCACAGACAAUAAGUAUCCGUAUCCCGGACUAACUGUGCAAUAUAUGAUUCUGAUGUCUGCAAUUGAAUCAAAAACUUUAAUUUAUAGUGUAAUUUUGAAAUACAUGUUUGUCGCUGACAAUUGUUUCUUGUAAGGCCAAGUACAAGAAAUAGCACUGUUUUGCGCCGCCGGCUAUUUACAAACCUUAAAAAGGCUACCAUCAUCCCGCCAUUCUUGUUUUAUGCUUCUAUGCUGUUACUUCUUGUUCUUUUCUUUUUUCAUCAGCACUGGCUGUGUCGGUUUAUGGUUGUGCAUUGGAUUUUGUAUUUAUUGCUCAUCUUCUUAUUGCUGCAUUAUAGAAACCUCAUGCAGGAAAUGUGUGUUAUCGAAGCAAGCUUUAAUUUUUCAAAUUCCUUGUGUUUCUGUGUGUGAUUUUUUAGUUUGGUUUCAUGUUCCUUUUCCCCAUCUCAUUUAGGUUCUUAUAGGGCGUGUACGGUAAAACUAGCUAGGAGCGGAUAGCUUGUAGCGUUUUGUUAAACGCUACGUGAAGUAGG